CUUAAAUAGCCAGGCGGCGGACUACGCGCGCUCGGUCCCGGAGCCUGGAACCCGCGGGAGAAGGGCUCCGGAAGCCGUGCGUCCGGCCCGCCCUCGGCCCCGGGCGGCGCGGGGGGCGCACCAUGCCUGUCGACACCCCGGGGAAGCUGAGGGCCUCGCCGCGGGCGGGAGCGCCGGCCGGUGCCCGCCGGACCCCGGACCAGCCCCGGAGCGCGGCCGAGCACCGGAAGGUGGGGACCCGGCCGGACGCGGUUGGCAGGAGCGGGGGGGAGAGGGGAGCUGACGCCCGCGGGACUCAGCCGCUGCCGGCCCCGCAGUCCUCCAAGCCCGUCAUGGAGAAGCGGCGCCGCGCGCGCAUCAACGAGAGCCUCGCCCAGCUCCGGAGCCUCCUCCUGGACGCCCUCAGGAAAGAGAGCUCCCGCCGCUCGAAGCUGGAGAAGGCGGACAUCCUGGAGCUGACCGUGAAGCACCUGCAGAGCCUGCGGCGCGUGCAGGUGACAGCCGCCCUCCGCGCCGACCCGGCAGUCCUGGGCAAGUACCGCGCCGGCUUCCACGAGUGUCUGGCCGAGGUGAAUCGCUUCCUGGCCGGCUGCGAGGGCGUCCCGGCCGACGUGCGGUCCCGCCUGCUCGGCCAUCUGGCGACCUGCCUGGCCCGGCUGGGGCCCUCGCGCCGCCCGCUUCCACCGGCCCCCGCCGCCGAAGUUCUGGCGCCCGCGGUCUACGCGGGCCGCCCGCCACCGCCGGCCUUCGACGGCCCCUGCCCCUUGCCGCGCUCCGGGGCGGUCUUGGCGCCGCCCUUCCUGCCGGGCCGGACGGGGGCGCCCCUCGCCGCCCCCGGGGCCGCGGCUCAGGGCCGGGGCGCACCCUGGAGGCCGUGGCUGCGGUGAGGUCGCGGCCUCAGAACCCGCUGAGACUGUGCCAGAAAAUAUUUAUUUCCAGAGACCGCGUCGGGAGUUUUGUUUUGCCGUCUUCGUGAAGGGUCCAGUCCGGCAGAGGCCCAGCAGCGGGGUCGGCUGACGUCUUCGCGCGAGCGGGCAGGGCGGGCCGCGGGGGUUCUGCUCCCACCUGGGCCCGCAGGUGCCCGGCGCGCAGGUUCGGCCGGCCUUGCGUUUGCCUGUAUCUCACUGCGCUGGAGCCGCGACCCGCCUUGAAGUGGGGAGGAGGGUGUGUGUGAGAGGUCCCUCGGGAGGCUCAGGCAGGACGGUGGCAGUCAUCACGUUUUCCAGAACGUCUCCCAGUGCUGGGAAGCAGUCGUGCAGCGUCACUGGGCAUGUUCUUCCCCCACUCUCACUCUCGAGGACCCUGGAAGGUGGACACAUGUAUUUUCACACUGUUGUCUUGGUGCUGAGCUGUGGUGAGGGCUGACUGUCCCUGAAGCUUCGGUUCUGGCCUGUUCCACCUCCUGCCUUCUUGUGGCUCAGCACCAAGCUGCCUGUGCCCGCCCGUGCGUCGAGCCUGCCCCAGGCCAGUGUCUGCCCAGGAGAGGGGUGCCAGCAGGAGAGGGCAUCUGAGUCCCAGGGGCAGGGAACGGGGGCCAGCCCGACAAAGGGCACUUAGUGCUGGGGCUCUUCUCCUGCCAGAGUGCAGCCCUGCUGUGUGCCCCAUCCUGCCCUGAGAGGGGAGGUCCCCCUACAGUACGAAGGAACUGGCGUUGGUCCGGCCUAUGCAUCCGUCGUGAGCACCGGCUGUGUGUUCACCCUACAAUACAGCGAUCCUAGGUGGCGUUGGGCGUCGCCCCCCGUCCCCACUCCGGGAGUCGCUGUCUUGUGGUCCCAGGCCUCCCCCGGCUGCUGCUGGGGCUGUGCUCCAGGUGCGGUGAGGGGGUGGUCCAAGGCACGCAGCUGGGACUGCGGUGUCUCAUCCUGAGCCCUCCUGAGGCUGAGGCAAGAUCUGUGUCCCAACCACAGCCAAGUUCAUCUGAUGGUUGCCGGCCGCCUGCCUGGCCAGGGACCAUCACGGAGGAGGAGAGUGAAUCACUGCCGGGGCUGGCCUGCCCCUCCCCCAGUGGCCCAUCAGCUCCCGUGUCCGUGUCGUGUGCAAGGUUCACCUGCCCUCCUGGACUCAGCCGUGCACACCGGCAGGGCCUGCCACGUCCCACCAAGCCAGUUCCUCCCCGACCUCUAGCUGCCUGGUCCAUCUCCCUGAGUGUCCAGGGCCCAGGCCAGUGGUCCUGGACAGUUGCAGCCAUGCAGGGCAGGUGCCGCACCCUCUGCACACAGGCCCUGGGGAGGCUGGGAGAGCUGGGUCACCAGCAGGACUGUGGGGGAGUUGCUGCUGACCAGCCUGGGAGGCCCUCCCAGCAGGAGAAUUGUAGAGGGUCCAUUUCAGAAACCAAAGUUCAGCUUGGUUGGGGGAGGGGAACUGCUCAGGGAGGGCCUCAGUGCAGGAGGGGAGGGCCGGCGGCUUUGGGAUAUGAAGCUGGGUGGGUGGGUCCGUGGGUAGGGGGAGCGCCCCACCUGGUGGCCAGAGAGAGAAGGGCUGCCCGGGAAGGUCACCUGGAACUUGGGUCAUCACACUCUCCCUUCUCCAGGGAGAGGGUGGUGACAGCGCCAGACCAGACCGCCCCCCACCUCCGUCCCUGGGCCUUGCCCCCUCCCUUACUUCCUUACUUCCUGUUCCUGGUCAUCUGUUCUCAAGACGCUAUUGCCAAAGGGAUCUUUGCGCCGAGCGCCCUGUUAGCCCUCCAGGGACCUCAGGCUCUGAGGGAACCACACUGACCCUCAGACAGGCAAGCUCCUCCCGUCUCUAUCCCUUUGUACUCACCCCCCCGCCCCGUUCUCUCCCCACUUUCUCACCUGAGGCAGCCACCCCAGACCCCGAGGGCUCUGGAGGCCAGGGCCGUGUCUGUGUCACUCGCUCCUGUCCCCAGCACCUGCUUGGAACAGGAAGACGCUCAGGUCGGGCUCAGGCCAUACAGACCUCGUUAAUUAGCUUGGAUGAAAGAGGAGCCCGGAGGUUGGCAGAGGGUGUCGCCCUUGAUUAGAUUAGGGGCGUGUGAGGAAGCACAGCCGGGCCGAGGCUGGCUUCCCUCCCCAGGCUGCCCCUCAGCAGUAUCCUUGUCUGUGGGAGGAGCCCACACCCCUCUCCCCGCUCAGCCUGGACACCUGCCCCAGCCCCGGAGAGCUGGGCUGGGGUCUCCCCCUCAAAGCAGGGGCUCUUCCUCCUCCCACCCUCCCCUCUCUUCCGCCCAUUUCCUGCCCCCUCCCAUGCCUCAGAGGGGCUCUGGGUAAUUCCUCUGUGUCCCUCCACCCCUUUGGCUUGGCUUUUGUCUUGCAGACCUUCCCGGGACAAUAAUAGAGGAAGCAUCUUCUCCGGUGGCUGUGUCUUGCGGGUGGGGGGAGGGUGUGUGUGUGUGGGAGGGAUCAGAACUUCCUCCUCCUGCGGGGAGGGUGCGGCCAACUGAUCAUUUCUCCUCCACUGGCGGGUGGGGCCUCAUUCAUCUGUGGCCUCCUUCCAGCCCAGUUCCUGGCAGGGACCAAGGGUCAAUAAAUGUUUGCUGAGUUCAUGUGCAAGGUCAGGUGAUCUGCCUGCCUCUGUGGGUGUCUCAGCCCUGUGGAGCCCUGUGAUGCUGGGCCCCUCUGUCUUGCCUGUGGGGUCAGGGCUUGGGGACCAGACAAUGACAGCAAGUCAUAGGUGUUUGAAAUCUGGAGAAAGAAUUAGUCCUCAUGGUGACAGAAGUCGGCCUGGCCAGGCCCAUGAAACCAGUCACUUGGGAAUUUGGGGUGGGGCAGGGCCUGGGGCUGCUUGGAGCCCUGGCUUGUGAGAGGUGAGGGCUUAGCUCCCCCACCAGAACUCCUGUGGUUGCCCGAGUAUCUCUAGGCCCCAGCAGCCUCUUCCCCUCCCCUGGCACGCACUGGCAUGCCCUGGCUCCAGGACCUGCUCCCUUUUCCCGAGGAAGAAGCUGAGCCCAGAGGGUUCUGCAGCUGGGCCUGGCUACUCUCUGCUCCAUGGAGCCCUGGGGACCAUACCCAUCCUAGGAUGCACCCUUGGGCAAGGAAAGAGGCCCUGGGGCUGAUGGCCUCCCAGGAGGCCCCCAAGAGCCCCCACCUGGUAUUCAGCCUUGUAAACGUCCCGAGGUUGACCUGCGUGACCAGUGAGGUCCUGUAGAAGAUGAGGUUGCAGGGGCACCCUGGCCUACCUCUUUGUCUCUCACAUUCUCCACUCUGAGGGAGGCCAGCUGUUCUUUGCUGUGGAGAGGCCAACAGAGUGUGGUGUUUAGAAGCAGAUCCUCCAGCCCUGUCGAGCCUUCAGAUGAGACCCCAGCCACUGCUGACAUCUCAAGGGCAACCUUGAGAGUCUGAGAGCCAGAACCACCCAGCUGAGCGGCUCCUCGACUCCUAUCCCUCAGAAACUGUGCGAGAUAAUAAAUGUCUGUUGUUUUAAA